CUACAGUAUAUAUAAGAAUGAGGUCUCAGCCAACUUCAAAUAAAAAUCAAAAUAAUUCCAUAUUCCACGCUACAUUUCUUGAUGGUAUUCGUGGUGCAGCAGCUUUAGGUGUUGUUUAUGCUCAUUGCAGGUUUUAUGGCCAAGUUCUUGCCUUUAAUACAUUCGACAUUUUUGGAUAUUAUGGAGUAAUCACGUUUUUUGUGCUUUCCGCUUUUUUACUUACUUUUCGAACGUUAUUGGAUUGGGAACGGUAUCACGAAAAGAGAGAAGAGACAAAUGCUACAAAUUCGGUUGUAGUAAAUAGAAUUGAUCAUUUAGAAAGUAGUGUGGAUCUCGAAACAAACUUAUCAAACGUUCCACUCUUAUCAUCGACGGAUUCUGAUAGCAAUUAUUAUUUAUGUAUACCAAUAGUUGUCGUUGGAUAUGUGGAGUUUGCUCGUUUUGGUGCUUUCCUUACAAACUAUUACUUUAAGAAACCCAUAAUUGGUGCUUGGAUAUGUCGAGUACUUGCUAAUGUUUUUAUUGUGGCUAAACGAACAGAAUUAUUAAUGGCUCGCAGUUUAGACACAGACUUUUUUAGAAGCAGUUUUACGGAAACUCUUUGUAUCUUUUUGGUCGGAUCAAUAUGUGCAAUUUGGUAUAGAGAAAUAAUCCGUCUUGGAUUGUUACCAUUGAGCUUAGAGGAAGAGAAUUCUCUGGCCGAUAAAUCAAAUGAUUAUAAUAUAUCUACUCUUACAAGACUGGGAUUUGUUAAAUUUAUUAUAAGUAAAUUACCGAGUCGACAUCAGUGUGCAAGAAAAUUUUUUGACUUUGGAUGUUAUUUUUUACUUCUCUUGAAGUUUUGUACAUUGCCUCAUGUAGCUGAAAAAGUUUUUGGUGUACCUCGCACAGAUGAUAUGGUUUUAGAAAGAAAACUUGGUGGUUUACUCGAUGGAAUGCUAAUUUUUUUUGGCUUACUAUCCCGAAAUGGCUCUUUUGUGACUGCGCUUUCUUGUAAUCUUUUACGUUUUUGUGGAAAAGUUUCAUUCAGCAUAUAUUUAUUACACCCAGCUGCAUUGACGAUUGUGAGCGAAUAUGGGACUUCUAUUGGAUAUAAAGCGGCAGACCAAGAAUCAGAUGAAGUUGAGAAGGCUAAUGUGAUGUUGGAUGCAGUGAUGUUGUCAUUUGUGACAACAAUUUUUUUAGCAUGGCUCUACUUUAAAUGUGUUGAAAGGCCUUUUAUGAAUUUAACUAACUAUAUUGCGAAGAGAUGGUUAAGUGAGGCAAAGCUUGCUAUCAAAAAAAAUUAA